AUGGUGGUCGAUAUUGCCCCACAGCAACAGCUGAAUGAGGUUUUCACCACUAAUCGUAGUCAUCAUCGAUCAUCAUCGUCAACACAUAGACGAAGUUCAACAACAAUAGAUGAUACAUCUUCAUUGGUAUCAAAUAAUAAUAAUAAUAAUAAUACAAUGACGAAUGGACAUCGAUUUGCGAAUGAUGAACUUGGCAAAAAGGCUGUACAAAUUCUUGGUCACGCAACAGCUAUUUUAGGUUGUCGUAGACAAACAAGUAUAGAUUUCCAUGGUCAACAACCUCCUCGAUUAAAUAUUACUCAAUCACCAUCUAGUAUAAACCCACGUAAUAAUAUAUCAAACACAGCUUCUACGACUAUUGUACAUAAUUCAUCGACGAUAACAUCAUCAUCUCUGUCGACUAAUACAACUAUUUCUAAUACUUCAAUUAGAAAGAGUAAACCUUCGGUAACAGUUGAACAUCUCGUUCCACUUAUUUUACAGCUAGUCGUAGCACCCACAUUUAUGAAAUUACCUGAAAUGAUAUCUAGGCGUCAAUUAAAUUCAAAAUCUGUUGAAAAUGUUCUGGAAAGCCGUAAAAUGGCACUAGCAUUACAUCAUGAAAGUGUUGUUAAACUCAGUGAUGAUGAGAAUGAAGACGAUGACGAUGAUGAUGAUAAUGACAAUAUUACUAAUACAAAUACAGUAUUGACUGAAAUAACCGACAAUAAAAUAAAUAACAACAGCAUAAAUCAAAAUAAUAGUAAUGAUAAUCAUUCUUAUCAUUCAUAUGAGAAUCAAAUUGAACCCCAACAUUCCGGUAUAAGUAGUAGUCGGUGUCAAGAAGAUGAAGACAGUGAAGAUGAAGACAGUGAUAAUCAAGAGACAGCGCACAGUGAUGCCGAGAAUGAUGAUGGAACAAAUGAAACGAAUCCAAAUACAUUGUCAUUAAUGGAUUUUGUACGUGGAAAAGAAACACUUUCUGAACCUGCUGAUUCUUCAUUAAAACAUUCACCAGAAUCAUUAACUAAUAUUAAAAAACGAAGUACAUCACCUGAAAUAAAACGUGAUAUUGAUAAUCAUGUACAUAAUUCUGAAGAGCAUCAAAAUAAACGUAAAAAAAUGAAUCGAGCAUUAUUAGAAUCAUUUAUGUUAUCUGUAAAUAAUACUACAAUGAAUUCAAAACGACCUUCACUUCCAAUAACCAUUCCGACACAUCUAUUUUACGAUCAACCAUUAUCGGAUUCAACUAAGCAAGAUGAUGAUCAAUUAAACGAACGUUUACAACGAACAUCAAAACGAUAUGCCAAUGGUUCAACUAAACAUGACAUAAAUACAGAUGUAAUCGAUGGUUUAUCUCAAAGUUCUUCAUCUUCAUUAAACAAUCAAAUAACUCCAAUAAAUGGUACACAUCAAAAAAAGAAUAAAACUAGUCAUGUACAAGAUAAAAUUGUAUACACAAAACAAGAGCCAUCUACUAUAAAUUCAACAACUGUUGUAAAGAAUGAACAGAUAACUAUUUCCAAUGGUAUUUUACCAAAUGAAACAGAUAAUAAAACUCGGACGACAACAUCAUUACCACCAACAACUAAUACAGCAACUGUUAUUCCAAUGAUAACUACACAACCUAAAAAAGAAAAACCCACAGCGAAUGUUAAACCACUUCAACAAUCAACACCAAUUGAUAAUUUAUCGACAACAAAUUCAAAUAACAAUGGUAUUAAUAUAUCUGAUAGUUUAACAACAACAAAUACACGAUCAAUGCUUUCAUCAACCAAGAGCAAUUAUUCAAAAUUAAAAAAUAUGUCUAAAGCAGAUCUAGCUUCUUUAGCACGAAAGAAAAAGAAACAAGCUGAUAAUGGAAAACGAACAUCAUUUAAAGAAGCUCGAGAAUCUUUAGGUUUAUAUCUUGAAUCAGUUUGUUAUUUUAUUCAAUGUGCUAGUGAUGAAACAAAAUUAGAUCAACGUAGUUCAUUAUUACAAACGACAUUAACUAUGUUACAACAACUUGCACAAAAUCAUAAAAAAAUGUUUCAUUUAUCAAAUCCAACACAAUUAACAGAUUUAUACAGUCUUCAACAAAAAUUUCUUUUAAUUAAUUACUGGCUUCAAUCAUUAAUUUAUUAUUUACAAUUUAAUUCAAAUAUGCCAACAAUUGAUCGACAUGCUACUCAAGUAACAGAAUAUUUUAAUCAAUUGAAAAAUCCAUCAUCAGCUGCAUCAUUAACAAGAACAACAAAUUCAAAUAAUCAGCAACAAUCAACACCAAUAAAUGAUAAUAAUCCAAUAUCACCACUAUCAACAACAUCACAAACAAGUUCAUCAGAUUUAAGUACAACAAGUGGAAAUAAUUCAACUGAACAACAUCGUUAUAUGUAUGAUUUUUCUAAAUUUAUGUUAAAUUCAUAUUAUUCAACGUCUUAUUGGAAUAAAGCUGAAAGUUUGAUGCGUGAAAAACCAUUGAAAGAAUUUACAGAACAGUUGUUGAAACAAAAUCAAAAUCGACGUCUAUCACGUGAUGAUACAACUUUAGACUUCAUAUUGUAUAUUUUUGAUGCCAUCGAGUUGUUACGUUUAAGUGUUGCUUAA